GUAACACCAACUCUGAGAUUCAAGAUUGUUGUCAAGAAUUCUACACCGGGCUUGGGAACACAAAUUGCUGGGAUUACUCUUAGAAUAGUUGGAGAUGGAUAUGCUAAGGAAAGACAAAGCAAGUUUAAACCAGGUGUUGUUAGUUUAGAAAGAUUUUCAAAAACCAUACAAAAAUGUAUAAAAGGCAUGAAUGGUAUUUUGGGCCAACAAAUAGCGCGAGAACUUGUAGAAGCG